UUAAAAAUCUGAUAGUAUAUCCAAAGAAGAAUGCCUCAAGAAAAAAGCAGUUUAAAGUGUCUAAUAAAUUAGGAAAAAAGUAUGUAUCUGGUACUAAACAACACUUGGAAAUACAAAAAACCAAAAAACAAACACAAUGUCAACAAUGUCAGAAUGCUGGGCAUAACAGAGCUGGUUGUGAAGCAUGGCAUAAAUGA